AUGAUUCUUAAAAGUAACGGCAAUGCGGUGCUUCCCGUGGAACAGUGCGGUGCUGGCUUUAAGCCUUCUAGUGCAACGGUACGUGAAGCGUUUAACGAAGACGACUGGGAGCCGGUGUACCGGAUAUACGAAAACCACGAGUGGGACUCCCACGACGACUAUCUCAGUCAGGAACGCAGCGCCCGCUUCGGUGACAAAGACGACUCUCAGUUCCGCUCCUGGAAACUCGACCAGUGGCACCACGACAAGAUACACAAGGUGAAAGUGGAGCUCUAUGACGACGGCGACGAGGUGGCGGAAUUUGAGUUCGAGGGCACCCUGCAGAAUCUUACCAGCUUCUUCUCGCCUGCCAAUCUCCGCCGAUCCUCUUACGGCGAUAUCCCCGAUGGGCUCAGCGGUCGGCCAUUUCCCGGCGACGACUUUAGCUUCGACGGGGACGACGACUCGCGCCACUGGGCGAUCAGCUACCGCCACAGGGGCGAUUGUCGAAAUGACGAGGGAUGGAUACAGGUGAUCGACAAGCCAACGCCGGGUCGCGACCGCUGCGUUUGCGGCUAUGAGAACGUGGCAAAAUAUCCAACCAUCAUGUACGCCAAGGGCAACCGUAAGGCGCGUUGGAGCGACAAAAACGCUGUUGGUCACGCGGACAUGAUGCAGGUGUCUGUGAGUCACGUGCCGUACCCCGCGCGUCUGCAGCCACAGCCUCCCGUGGUGCAGCAGCCCGCCGCGAUACUUCAACUACCACAACAGCCGCAACUAAUGCAACCACAACCCCAGUUGAUGUCCAUGUUUCCACAACAAAGUUUUUUGUUUGAAACGAAGAAAUAA